UCCACCAAUCUUAUCCCCCAAAAAUUCCAAGCACCCAAUGCCUCUGAUUUUGCCCAGGAAAAAAGUCCCAAGAGAAUAACGCAAAAGAGGAGAAACAAACACACACAGAGAUGGCAACGUCCUUCCUAUCAACAGCAAACACGUUCCAUUCUUCCUCACCUUCUUCUUCUUCUUCUUCUUCCUCUUCCUCUUCUUCACCUCCAUUGUUGAGAUCAAGAUUUUCUUGCCUUAAUUGCCGUAAUAACGCUAGAAGAUCGGUAAUCUGCAAGGGAAAUAAUGACCCACCAUCGAAAAUUCCGAGUUUAACCAAGAGAAGCCUCUCAAUCUGCUUCAUUUCCAGUUUCAUUUUCCCUCUGGUGGGUCAAGGAUUCUCCGAUGCAAAUGCUGCGAUUCUUGAAGCCGAUGAUGAUGAAGAGCUUCUGGAAAAGGUGAAGAAGGAUAGAAAGAAGAGGCUGGAAAGACAAGGGGUUAUCAGCUCCGCCAAUAAAGAAAAAGGAUACCUCCAGGAAGUUGUGUUUAAGCUAAGCAAAGUUGGUCAAGCCAUUGAUAACAAUGACUUCUCAACCGCAAGUUCAGUUCUUGGGGGUAGUAAUGACGCAGAUUGGGUUCGGAAUGCCAACUUAGCCUUCAACAAGCUGAGCACAAGUCCUGAAGAGAAAUCUGAAGUGGACGCAUUUAACUCCUCUCUAGCUUCAUUAAUCUCAUCAGUGACUCAGAAUGAUGUCCAAUCCUCUAAAACUGCCUUUGUAGCAUCGGCCAGUGCACUUGAGAAAUGGACCGCCUUGGCAGGGCUUGUUGGACAGCUGAAGGGGCUUUGAGUGGAAAACAACCAUCUCUACUGAUCUCAUUUCUACUGUAUUUUUAGUCUCCUCACCUCCUAAAUCAUUGCAGUUUAAGGUCAAGAAGCUGAUUUUUCUUGUCAUCUUCUUACUGAGUUUCUGGUGUCAAUGUUACUGAACUUUGAAUGGGGUUAAUAUGAAUGUUAUUGUUGGUUUAUCCAAGAAAACCUACACAUUUGUUUAUGAACAAAGCAGAGUAUCAGUUCAGUUA